AUGGAUCCACCCCCUGGAUAUCGAGCUGGGGGGGAGUAUGCUGGGAAAGUCUUUCGGCUGCGGAAGUCUCUUUAUGGUCUAAAGCAAUCUCCUAGAGCUUGGUUUAGUUAUUUCAGCGAUGUUGUUCUAUCCAUGGGCUUUGUGCGCUGCCACUCAAACCAUACUUGCUUUAUUCGACGUCGUUAUGAUGGUCACUGCAUUAUGUUAUUGGUAUAUGUGGAUGAUAUCAUUAUCACAGGUGAUGAUGCUUUAGGGAUUGCUCAAGUGAAACUUCAUCUUCAAAAGUUCUUUGAUGUGAAGGACUUAGGUCCUCUUCGAUAUUUUUUUAAAAUUGAGGUUGUUAGAUCCCGUUGUGGAAUAUCUUUAUCUCAAAGGAAAUAUGUUUUGGAUCUUCUUCAAGAUACUGGCAUGCUUAGGUGUCAACCCUCUUCCACUCCUAUGGACUUCAAUCUCAAACUCUCUGUUGAGUCAGGGGAAUUACUUCCAGAUCCAUCCGUGUAUCAGCGUUUAGUAGGUCGUCUAAUCUACUUGACUAACAUAAGGCCCGAUUUGACAUUUGUUGUUAGUGUGGUUAGUCAAUUCAUGCAUGCCCCUCGCUCAACUCAUAUGGAUGCAUUCUACCAUAUUUUAAGGUAUCUUAAGUCAUGCCCUGGUCUUGGUCUACUAUAUGCCUCAGGAAAUCAGUCUAGACUCACAUGCUUUACUGAUGCAGACUAUGCUGGAUGUAAGACAGAUAGACGUUCUACCUCUGGCUUCUGUAUUUUUUAUGGUAAUCAUCUUAUAUCAUGGAAGAGUAAGAAGCAAGUUGUUGUCUCCAGAUCCUCUGCUGAAGCUGAAUACCAAGCUAUGGCUCAAGAACAGACUACAGAUGUGUUCAAAAAGUCUAUUGGGCCUUCUUUUCUCCAGUCUUCCAUAGUCAAGCUGGGCUUGGUCAACAUGUUUGCUCCAGCUUGA